AUGUUCUUCAUCAUGGAGGAGUCGCGGAAGGAGAGUUAUCCCAUCCACCAUGAGGUUGCAGAGAUCAGGACGAUGCCUAGAGAUAGUGACGGCGAGGAGGAGGAAGAAGAAGGCAAGGGAACAUUGCUCUCGUGGGAUGCCAACCUACCGGACGAACUCCUGCAGAAGGUGCUCUCCUUGUUGCCCAUCGCCAACAUCAUCAAAUUGAGCAUCGUGUGCAAACGGUGGUACGAGGUGGUUCACUCCUGCCCCCAGUUGUCGUGGGCGAUGAUGGCGCCACAGAAGCCGUUAUUCUUCGGGUCCUGCUUUAUCGACUGCGCCUUCUCAGGCCGCGUGUACGACCCUUGUCUCCUCCGGUGGUACGACUUCGACUUCCCCCAAUUAGAAAAGAGCAUCUGGCGCACGUCCUCCUCCUGUGGCCUUGUCUGCUUGAUGAAUCUCAAAGAAGGAAACCUCUUAUUGGUCGGAAAUCCCAUCAAGAGAGACUGGAAGCUGCUUCCUCAAGUCCCCGGCGGCUCUUCUCCCCACUACAACGCGCUCGCCUUGUCAUUCGACUUCCGCACGCACGGCUACACCGUGGUCGUCGCCAAGUGCACCCACACCGUGACUACAGGGAAGCCCUGUCAUUGGCACUUAUCUGUCCACAUCUACGAAUCGGCCACACAAUUGUGGGCCACACCCUUCGACCAAGACAUCAGCUUCUGGAUGGGCAGCGACGAGGCCGUCAUAUGCAACAACGUGCUCUACUACUUGAUGGGCCUGUACCGGGAGCAUCCCCCCUUCUUAGUGGCGUUCGACCUCGCCAAGCCGCCCUCAAGCAUAGAGUCUCUGAUUCAAGAAUCAAUUCGUGGUCCAUACCCUCUUGUCUUUGCUAGGUUGAUCAACCUAUCAAACAAAUUGGUCAUGGUCGGCGUGAAAGACAACUGGCCGCCGCACGGGGGAGUGGUGAUUUUGGAACUUGAGGAUAAGACAUGGCGGGAGGUGGCUCAAAUGCCGAACUCUGUGUACAUGACGUUAAACAGCAACAAUUCCAUCUUCAGCUGCUGCGGUGCCGGCGACUUCCUUUUCAUGCACUCCUCGGUGUGGCCGGCGCUACUGACCUUCGACAUGAGGCAGAAGGUGUGGAAAUGGUCUAGCCAGAUGUGUCCGUGCCCGCGCCCCUGCACUGAGCCAUUGCAGUUCGGGUCCCUAAACUACUGUGGCUUCUGCUUCGAACCGAGGCUUGACGUCUCCUCUUGA